AUGGGCGGAGAGGCUGCGGUUCCAGGGAGCCGAGCACCCGUCCUGCUGGGCGGCUGGGAGCCGGACAGUCGCCUGCGGAAGGCGGAACUGCACAGACACCCUGUGGAUGCCCCAUCCCGUCCUCCCGCAAACCCAUCAGUUACCUCGGGCUCCAGCCAAGCGGCGCAGGCCGGAAGGCCCCUGAACAGUGUUUCCAGCCAGGGAGGGGGUGCGGUGCCCUCUUCGGAUCACCUGCAGGGGAGCGUGCGCCCAUCGGAGGGGCCCGCGGCCUGGGCGCCGGUGACGCUUGAGGGAGCGCAGCUGGAGUUCGGGAGCUCUGCUGACGUGGACGGGCCCACGGACAAGCGGGGGGCGGUGCUGGGCCCUGCCCGCUCGUCCUCAGCUUCUCGGCACCCCUGUCACCCGGAGAAGCACUGUGGGCACAUCUGCACACCGUUGGGGGGCGGCCAAGCAGACCAAGAGGACGCGCGGGGUGAAGGCAGCCCCAUCCAGGGCUGCUCGGCCGAGCGGGACUACGGCCCGGAUGAGCCGGAGAAGCCCUCCUGCGGGGAGGCCGCACACGCAGAGAAGGCCCCUGGCAGCGCCAGCAGAAGGCAGGCCCUUCUCCUGAGGGCCAGCUCCCUGCCCAGAGAGCAGCUCUUGAUGUCUGCCGUGGGUCUGACAGGGCCCAGGCCAGACCAGGACUGGGUGCAGGCUCAGGACAAAGAGAAGCGGUCCUUCUGGGAAGUUACAGGUGAGCGCACGGCCCACCUGCUGCGGCAGGACCUAACCCCCGCCCGGUCUGCACGCCCCUCACACCAGCGCCCCGCGCCAGCCCUGGACGUGUGGUCUGGCUGA